UCUUAAAUGUAGCUGAUGUUCAGGCGACUGGGAUGCACGUGCUGUGAGGCAGAGGAUUCAUAUGAUGUGGAGAGAAGCCCUGUGUACGACCCUGAGAGAGCAGAACGCAGACGUGAAGUGAAAUAUGCUGACAACUUAGCUCUAGAAACGGAAUCCAAGUUUUCUGUAAAAGACCAAUUGAGCAUUGAACGUUCUGCAGAUACCGACGAGCCACAAGUGGAUUCUGCAGUAAAUUUUAAAAAGGAAGGUGAUUUGGAGGUUUCUGAUAAGCCUGAAGUUGGGACUAGAUCUGAGGUGACACCUAUUGUGAUACCUGAAAUUGUUGUGGAUGAUCGUGAAAACGGCUCUGUGAUUGACAACUCACCUGUCGCCGUCCGCCCAAUCACUGAUCAAUCAGAAUUUGAUAUAGAAGCAUCUACUCUAUCUGAUCAGGAAACAGAAGGAAUGGCUGACAACGUUGUACCUAGAAUCACCAAGCCAGCCCCAGAUUUCAGGGGCCAGGCUGUCGUGAAGGGAACCUUCAAGGAAAUCUCUCUGUCAGACUACAAAGGGAAAUAUCUGGUGUUCUUCUUCUACCCUCUGGAUUUCACAUUUGUAUGUCCGACAGAAAUCAUUGCAUUCAGUGACCGGGCAGAGGAAUUCAGGAACAUAAACUGUGAGGUGGUAGCCUGUUCCACUGACAGCCAUUUCUGUCAUUUAGCAUGGGUUAACACACCGAGAAAGCAGGGUGGUCUAGGAGACAUGAAGAUUCCGCUACUCUCUGAUAAGAACUGUUCCAUCGCUAAAUCUUACGGAGUUUACAAAGAAGAUGAAGGAGUCACAUUCAGAGGCCUGUUCAUUAUCGAUGACAAAGGUAAUCUCCGUCAGGUGACAAUUAACGACCUGCCAGUGGGGCGAUCAUUGGAUGAAACCCUGCGAUUGGUCCAGGCCUUCCAGUUCACAGAUAAACAUGGAGAAGUUUGCCCAGCAGGAUGGAAACCAGGGCAGGACACAAUGAAACCCGACCCCAAGGGCAGCAAAGAAUACUUCGGGAAGAAAAACUAAGCAUUUAAAAGUGGAAAACAGGUUUCCCCAAAAGAAACCGUUGCCUUUUACAGGUAGUCAUGAAAGGUGAAUACUCUGCAGUGAAUCCAAAGAUGUUUCAGAUUUAUGAUGAAGAAUGGGGAAAUGUGUAAGAUUUUAUACAUUUUGUUGGUUUCAGCAUUCUUAUUCCAGAACACUCAACACAUUAUUGCUGGAAAGAAAGCUGGUUUUAAGUAUGUAAAUGUGUGAAGGUGUUUUAUAAUAUGUAGCACUUUUUAGUUGUUCAUUUUUCAUGUUAAAGUAUAUUUACUUUCAUAGGACAUUCAGUGUUCAGUGACGGUUAUUGGGGAUGUCUUUUCAAAGACUUGAAUUUUUUAUCAGAAACGUCUGUGUCUUGACUGAGCUCAUUUGUAUGCUGUUACUAGAUGGUAUAAGAGUUGUAAUACUGUAACAUUUUUAAGUAUUGGGUGAUAGCAAUACAGUCUAUUCUGAUGUUCGUAGCUGUCUUUUGCUGUAGGAGAAAACUGAAGAAUCUUAUGAAGAAAAUUAAGAUGGUUUUUGUAUUCAGUAUACACGUAUGAGAAAAAUAAUAAAAAAAAGCGAAAAUUGACUACUCCCAUACAGCUAACUAUGAGAGAUCAUUCUAGUGAUUUUCUGUGGAAUAAACACAUUUGAUAUACUGUUAA